AUGGGCGUGGAUUUGGCAAACAUCCCUAUCGACCGGAACUAUGAAAUGCCCUCCGCUGGCGGUGUCGCCCCCGAGAAAGCCUCUGCAAUCCUCUCGCAAUUCGACCGGAAACGAAAGCUCGCACAAGUCGCAGUACCGACGGACGAUGCCAAAGUGAGAGCACGUCUGCGUGAGCUCGGAGAACCCAUCACACUUUUCGGAGAAGGGCCGGCCGACAGAAGAGACCGAUUACGCGAAUUUCUGUUGGACAAGGAAGAAGCAGGAGGCCAGAAUGGGGCUGUUGCGGACGUGCAAAUGCGAGAAGCAGAGGAUGAGGUAGAUCAAGAGGAGGAGUUCUAUACCGAAGGCGUACACGAACUCCUCGAGGCAAGAAGAGACAUUGCCAGAUACUCAUUACCAAAAGCCCGAGCUCGCAUCAGGAGGCUAAAGGAAGACUCCAGCAUUCCACUGCGAACGCACAUCAAGCACCGCAAGGAAAUCAAAGAAAGGCUGCAAGGCUUCGAACUAUUCGGGACCCAAAUCGCCGGAGAACGCCCGGUCAGCAUUACUCGCUUCGCACCCAACGGUGAGAUCAUUGCGGCUGGUAACUGGGGCGGUGGGAUCAAGCUGCUGGAUGUCCCCAAUCUCGACGAGAGAGUCACACUCAGAGGUCAUACCGGAAUUGUUGGAGGACUGGCGUGGUAUCCGGGAGCCACUUCGCCAACCUCGACCGUGUCGCCAGAUUCCGUCAACCUUGCCAGCGGGGCUGGAGGGCAAGGCGGUGCCCCCGAGAUCCAUCUAUGGUCAUUGAAUAAGGAAACACCACUUGCAACUCUUCAGGGGCACACCGACCGGAUAUGUCGAGUCGAGUUUCAUCCCGCUGGAAAGUACCUAGCUUCGGCCUCGUUCGACACAACAUGGCGACUCUGGGAUGUUGAGACAACCACCGAAUUGCUCUUACAAGAAGGACAUUCGCGGCAAGUAUUUACGGUCAGCUUCAACACGGAUGGCUCACUUCUAGCGAGUGGAGGAUUUGACAGUAUGGGGCGGAUCUGGGAUUUGAGGACGGGCCGGACCGUCAUGAUCCUGGACGGUCACAUUCGCGAGAUAUUCUCUCUUGAUUGGGGCAAUGAUGGGUAUCGAGUCCUCUCCGGUUCAGGGGAUGGAUGGGUCAAAUGCUGGGAUAUUCGACAAGUUCGGAGUGUCGGGGGGAUUGGUGCUCAUAACGGCAAUGUCUCAGACCUGAGAUGGUUUAAAGGCGUUGAUGGCGACGUGUCAUCCCUGGUCGAGUCUGACAGUGUGAGACAAGCACACAAGCCACGAAAAGCAGGCACCUUCUUUGUCAGUGGUGGAUUUGACAAGAACGUCAACAUUUAUUCUGCGGAUGAUUGGUCACUGGCGAAACAGCUGAGUGGACAUUCCGGAAACGUCCUGAGUGUCGAUAUCACCGAGGAUGCGAAAUGGAUUGCCAGCAGCGGUCACGACAGGACUGUGAAACUGUGGGGUCGCGAAGACGGACAGGGAGUGUGA